AUUCAAGUAAUUAAUCACAGUUGCAUGUUAUCAGAAUAUCUAUCAGCUUUUUUGAAUUGAAGAGAUACAUAUAUAUAUUGCGCGAGAAUUGAAAUGGCUCAGUAUGGAGAUCAACAUCACUACGGCAGCGGCGGAGGCCGCCGGACGACGGACGAGUACGGCAACCCCGUGCGCCAGACUGACGAGUGGGGGAAUCCCGUCGGUGACAAAGACGUGUGGGGAAACCCCGUCCGCAGCCAAACUGAUGAGUACGGCAACCCUGUCCACCACGGCGGCACCGGUGGCUCCUUGGGACAGUACGCAAACACCACCGCAGCCACUGGGCCGACAGGCGGCACUUACGGUGGUACCACUGGCACGGCCGCUUACGGUACCACUGGCAUCGGCAUAGGCGGCGGGGAGCACUACAGGCCACAUGAAACCGCCGGAAAGGAGCACCAUGGUACUAUCGGCGGCAUCCUCCGCCGCUCUGGGAGUGGAAGCUCUAGCUCUUCGGAGGAUGACGGGCAUGGCGGAAGGAGGAAGAAGGGGAUGAAGGAGAAGAUAAAGGAGAAACUGCCGGGCGGUGGUCAUAAGGAUCAAGAUUAUUACCAGUCCCAAUCCACCACCACCACUACUGGCUAUGGAGGAGAAGAGCAUCACGAGAAGAAGGGUAUUAUGGACAAGAUUAAGGAGAAGCUCCCCGGCGGCCAUCAUUAAACCAAUUAAGACCCUUAAUUUCCGAUCAGAUCAGAUAUUCCAUCCUCAUAUAUACAAUAUUAUAAUAAAUAAGCUAAGGUUGUCCCGUCUUUAAUGGUAUAGGAAAUAGGAAAUAUAUAUAAUAAUAAUAAUGUUAAUCUUGUAUUUUGUAUGUGGGGGUGUCCCGUCGUUGUAAGCACGGUGGUAUGGCCAUAUUUACUUGCUACUCCACCAUAUCACUUCUGAGGAUGUAUUAUAUUGAAGGAGAAUAAUAUGAUGUUUUUUGUGUUUA